AUGGAGGAUCUUAGCAUUUUAAAGAAGCAGGAACGCCAGUUGCGGGCCUCCAUCAAGGGAGUCGUUAACUUUGUUCGAGAUUUUAAACCAGAGCUUCAUGAGAGUCAAGUAGAUGUCAGAUUGGGUCUGUUGGAGUCGACUAUGAAGAAGUACUACCUGGUGAGACAGAAGAUGGAAGUGUUGUUGGACACAGCUGAUAGCGACGGUGCUGAAGAGGAUGUCAAAGAGUCAGAGGCAACCAAGAAACGUCGAUUGCAGAAGCAGGCUGCAGAUCGUGAAGAAAAAUUCGACGCAGAAACGAUAGCAGUUGAAGAGCAGUACUGCACCCUGAAGGCAUCACUCCUUGCGUUGCGUCCGAGAAAGUUUGAGUCCUCGAGUGCGUCUGGGUCUACAGAAAGAGUUGAAGCAAUAUCCCGUGUUAAGCUUCCGGACAUCAAGCUGCCAGUUUUCAACGGAAAACUUCGGGACUGGAUUCCGUUCCGGGAUAUGUUCGAUAGCCUCAUUCACAACAACACUCAGCUCUCAGAUAUUGAUAAGUUUACCUAUCUGCGGUCAGCGAUUAGUGGAGAAGCACUACAGGAGAUCAGUUCGAUCGAACUCUCAGCUGACAACUACCAGGUAGCCUGCGACAUGUUAGAGAAGAGGUACGAGAACAAAAAGUUGAUCGUAAAAGCGUACUUGGACGCUCUUUUUGCUAUCGAACCUCUCAAAAAGGAAAGCGGAGAAGCUCUGAACCGCCUUGUCAGCGAUUUUGAUCGCAACAUCCAGAUGCUGGGCAAGAUCGGCGAAGAUACGGAGAAGUGGUCGACUAUUCUCGCGUAUAUGGUGUGUACUCGUCUGGAUUCGGUCACACUUCGUCAAUGGGAGAGUCAUCACAACUCAAAGGAUGUGCCGACGUAUCAGAAUGUGAUGGACUUCCUGAGAGACCAGGCGUUGGUUUUGCAGUCGGUUGCACCCAGUAGGCAUGAGGACAUCGAUAGUCGUCGCCAGCGUACAACAGUGUACGCCACGUCGAGAUUCCAGAGCAACUGUGUGUUCUGUGGUAAUUCGUUCCAUCCAGCUUCUGCGUGCAGCAAGUUUCGAGCGAUGUCGGUGCCCCAGCGCUUCAGAGUUGCCAAGAUGAAGCGGCUCUGCCUGAAUUGUUUGGGUUCUGGUCAUUUUAUUGAUCGUUGUACCAAGGGAUCAUGUCGCGAGUGCAACAAAAAGCACCAUUCGAUGUUGCAUAACAGUUUUUCAAGUCAGAGCUCCGUUUCACAAAACCAGUCGACAGUCAACAGUCAAUCGUAUCGGAAUGAUAAUCGCCCAGGACCUUCUGGACAAGGUCGUGAACAUUUGUCGAUCAGACAAGAUCGAAAUUCACAUGUAAAUCCUCAAGCACAACAUAGUUCCACUAAUUCCUACCCCGUAAUACAAACACACAUUCGCCACACUCAACCACAACACACCACAGACAAUUCCUUUACCUUUAAUGCGGCACCAAUGCCAGAAUGCGCUAAGUUUCGUUCGCUACAAGUUUUAAUGUCAACCGCUGUAGUGCGGGUUGAAGAUCGUUUUGGGAAUCAUACGUUUGCGAGAACAUUGUUAGAUUCGUGUUCCGAGUUUUGCUAUGUGACAAAAAGUUUUGCGAGAAGGUUGAAUCUUCGGAGAAGUCACAACGUUAUGAGAAUCCAAGGUAUUGGAAAUGGGUCAGUUGAAUCGAGUGAGUCAGUUGAGGCGAGAGUUCGGCCUCGUUUGUCAGAAAUAUCUUCAUUUUCGGAAGAUAUGAGAUUCCAUGUUUUGCCCAAAAUAACAAGUAAUCUGCCCAUUAGAAAAGUUUCGCUCAAUCGGUGCGAGAUUCCCCAGAAUUUGGUGUUAGCUGAUCCGGAGUUUUGGAGUCCAGGUCCGAUAGACAUGAUCAUCGGGGAAGAAUACUUUUGCGAUUUAUUGCGAUCUGGGAAAUUGAAAGUUUCGGACAAUGGUCCAACUCUGCAAGAAACCGAAUUUGGUUGGGUUGUCUCCGGUAGAGUUUCUGAUAGUUCCGUCGCAACAUUGGAAUCUCCAGUCAGUUCAGAUUGUUUUGUUAGUUCUACAGCGAAUUUGGAAGACAUGAUUGCUAAGUUUUGGGAGUUAGAAUCAUGUAAUACUAACAGCAUUUUGUCAGUUGAAGAGUCAGUUUGUGAACAGAUGUUCAAAGAAACCACAAUUAGGAAUUCGGAAGGUAAAUUUGUCGUCACCUUGCCGAAAAAACGUGGUGUUUUGCGUAACUUGGGUGAAUCUAGAGGAAGAGCGAUGAGUCGGUUCCUCAGUUUGGAAAGAAGGCUAUCUGCAAAGGCAGAAUUGAAAGCUCUGUAUGCGGAUUUUAUCCAUGAGUUUGUGUCUAUGGGACAUAUGAAAGAAGUUUCAGAUGAUGUGUCAGUUGAUAUGUGUCAGAAUUCAGUCGGAAUGAAUCCGAAUAUAGUCGGAAUGCGUCAGAAAAACGUUCAGAAUGUGUCAGAAUUAGAUCCUGUGUAUUAUCUCCCACACCAUGAAGUAUUGAAGCCGGAGAGUACAACUACAAAGCUACGCGUAGUGUUUGAUGCUUCGUGUCGCACCUCAACGGGCGUUUCGUUGAACGACGCGUUGAUGGUGGGGCCUACUGUGCAGAACGAUUUGUUGUCGAUCAUCUUGCGCUUCCGUUUGCACCGAUACGCCAUCAGUGCAGACAUCGAGAAGAUGUACAGGAUGGUACAAGUUCAGCAACCGGAUCAACACCUUCAGCGAAUUUUGUGGCGAGAUACAGCAGAUGAACCCGUGAAAACGUUUGAGUUAACGACCGUUACAUACGGAACUGCUAGUGCUCCGUAUUUGGCAACAAGGUGCUUGAAACAGCUUGCUGAAGAUGGAUCAGCAAGUCAUCCGAUUGGUUCGAGAGUAGUCAGAGACAGUUUCUACGUCGACGAUUGUCUUGUUGGAGCGGACAGUGUCGAAGAAGGCAAGCAUUUAGUUGAAGAAACUACCGAUCUCACCAAUUCAGCUGGGUUCAAUUUGCGGAAGUUCAACUCAAACUCACCGGAGAUAUUGGCAAGCAUUCCUGAAGAUUUGAAAGAGAAAAAGUCAGUUUUAGAGUUCGAUUCGUCAGAUUCAACUGUGAAAACCCUUGGUUUGAAGUGGGACACAGAGUCAGAUAAUUUUUGUUUUAGUAUUCCCCAUUGGAGGUCAUCAAGUUCGCAAAUCACGAAAAGAAGCGUGCAUUCUGAUGCAGCCUGUUUGUUUGAUCCUCUUGGGCUCGUGGGUCCAGUUGUUGUGCAAGCGAAAAUGAUAAUCCAGCAACUGUGGCGUCUCAAGGUUGGUUGGGAUGACCCAUUGGAUGAUCAGUAUCAAAAUCUAUGGAAGGAGUACAAACAGAGUUUGAUGCCAUUGGAAUCUUUGUCAGUACCUCGUUGGCUUGGUUUCAGUAAAGAUUGUGUGUCAGUACAGUUACAUGGGUUUUGCGAUGCGUCAGAGGUGGCUUAUGGAGCUUGUUUGUACCUGCGCUGCGUAACUGUAGAUGGUCAGAUAUCGGUUAGAUUGGUAACUGCCAAGUCAAGAGUAGCCCCUUUGGAAAAUUUGAAAAGAUCGAAAAGGAAAACCUCAAUCCCACGGUUAGAAUUGUCUUCAGCUCUCCAACUCUCACAUUUGUACGAGAAAUUUGCCAGAGUUUUCCCAGAAAUCACCGAGGUGUAUUUCUGGACGGAUUCUAUGAUCGUUAAACAUUGGUUAGCUUCGCAUCCAUCUCGUUGGCAAAUGUUCGUAGCGAAUCGAGUGUCGGAAAUCCAGCACAUCACAAAGAACGGCUUCUGGAAUCAUGUAGCUGGAAUCGUGAACCCGGCAGACCUGAUUUCACGAGGAGUGUCUCCUGCUCGACUUUGUUACGAAAGGUUAUGGUUUGAGGGACCUCAGUGGCUAUCCCAGGCUCAGCAAUAUUGGCCUCGCCAAACUGCUGAAGGCCAAGAAGAGUUCGACCCAUUAAUCAUCGAAGAACGUCCAACUACUACAACGCUGAUGUCGAAGAGUGAACCCUUUCACGAAAUUUUUGGUCUGAAGUCGUCGUUUACGAGUUUGAUCCGUAUUGUCGCAGUUAUGCUCCGCUUCAGACACAAUGCUCAAAAGGUCAAUCGUUUGUGUCGACGAGUUGGUCCGUUGACACCACAAGAAAUGCAGUCUGCUAUCGAAGUUUUGGUUCGCCUUUCACAGAAUGAGUCGUUUGAGUCAGAGUUUAAAGAUUUGGAAAAGAAUGGUCAAGUAGAAAGAAGGUCGAGAAUUGCUAAAUUGAACCCAUUUGUCGAAGAUGGUACAAUCCGCGUCGGGGGCCGGUUGUCGAACGCUCCAUUACCGGAUUCUCGGAAACAUCCGUGGGUUCUCGACCAUCGUCAUCCAUUGGCUCUACUUAUUGUGCGUGAUUAUCACUUGCGUCAAUUCCACGCAGGGCAGCAGUUGCUCAUCGCCUCCGUAAGACGAAGUUUUUGGCCGACAAACAUUAAUUCCUUAGCGAGAAAGGUGAUUCACGAGUGUGUUCCGUGUUUUAGAAGCAGGCCUAAGAUUUCAGAACAGAUUAUGUCAGAUUUGCCGUCAGUCAGAGUAACGCCAUCGUCAGCAUUUUCAAAAGUAGGAGUUGACUACUGUGGUCCAUUUAACGUCAGCUACCCUAAUCGUCGAGCAUCACCUGUAAAGUGCUAUGUCGCUAUCUUCGUUUGCUUGGUAGUCAAAGCGGUUCAUUUGGAGCUCGUUAUGGGUUUAACGACAGAGGCUUUCAUUGCUGCACUUCGCAGGUUCGUCGGGCGCCGCUCGAAACCUGAAUUGAUAAUGUGCGACAAUGCGACGACGUUUGUUGGGGCGAACAACACAUUGAUAGAAAUUGGCCGGCUUAUGAGGUCUAAAGAUUUUCAGAACACUGUGGUAAAGACAUCAGCUGAUGAGGGUGUCGAAUUCCGCUUCAUUCCACCCAGAUCACCUAAUUUUGGGGGUUUAUGGGAAGCCCAGGUGAAAUCGUUCAAGGCUCACUUCCGAAAAACUAUUGGCUUGCGCACGUUGAACGUAGAUGAGAUGGUUACCGCACUCGUUCAAAUAGAAGCCGUUUUGAAUUCAAGGCCUCUCACCCCCCAAAGCAGCGAUCCGAAUGAUUUUGAGGUUCUCACCCCAGGGCAUUUCUUGGUCCAACGCCCACUAACAGCAUUACCCGAGCGAGAUGUAGAAGCAAUCCCCAUAGGCAGGCUCACCAUGUGGCAGAAGGCACAGCAGGUGUCUCAGAGCUUUUGGAAAACGUGGAGAACCCAAUAUCUUUCGAAUCUCCAAAAUCGAACUCGUUGGAUGAUAAAGCGAAAAAAUAUAGUUCCUGGCAUGAUGGUUCUUCUAAAGGAAGACAAUAUUCCUCCGUUGAAAUGGCCCCUAGGAAGGAUCGUUGAAGUUUUCUUUGGAAAGGAUGGACACGUGCGAGUUGUCAGUAUUCGCACGCAAGGCGGAACCUUCAAUCGAGGCAUUUCAAGAAUUUGUUUGUUGCCUAUUCAAGAGAAUGAGGCAGACGAGUCAGAAAUAAAAGUCGGAGUUUCAAAUUGA